CUACUGACAACGUUUCAGCUAACCGUUAACACUGGGGACCCUGAUUAAAAGGAGACAUUGUAUCAAAUCCAGGGGAAUAAACGGAAUCCGCAAUAUAGAAGAUGAUUAGUUACCGGAAAUGCAUUGAAGUGAUAACCCAACUUCUUAACAAGUUUAGACCAGAAAAUCAGAGUCUUGAGCAUUUUUUGGAAGAGUCAUCUGAAUAUUUGGAGAAUUUGAAUGAUGCUGAAGAAAGAUUUGUUGUGGAGACUCUAUCAGGAAAUAUACAAUAUAACAAAAUUCUGGACAUAGUUGCUGGAGGAUUCUAUGCGAGAGAUGGGCUGCAUUUACCUCUGUCGGAGCGCUGUUUGUAUACGGUCAUAGGUUAUAUAGCUACAUUCAAGAUGGAUGAAUACGGUAUUGAAAGAUUUGCUAAAAUUCUCAAGUCUCAAGAUAUCCACAAAAUGUGCAAGUUUCUUAGGUUUUUCUUUAAUGAGCUUAAUCUGAACACUUGGAUAAAAGAUGAAUGGAGUCAGAUAUAUGAUUUAAACUAUGUCAAGGAAAACUGGAUAAACCCAUUGUUAAAGCGGCAACCAGACAUCCAGAGUUUAAUAAGUAGCUUGGAAGAUAAAACCAGGAAUGAACCCAGUCCAGUAAAAACUUCAAAAAUAACAGAGACAAAGCCGUUUAACUUAACAAAACCUAAGCCAAGGCCUGUACUCGCACCACAACGGAUACCGACCCAACAGCCACAUCAUCCAGUGCCCGACAGUACCUACAAACCUCCAAAGGAACAUGAAAUUCUACAAACAAAGAAGAACAAGAACCGUCAGAAAGCAGAGGAGAUUUUGAUGGAGGCAAAUAUGGCGCACUUCAACUGUGCCAAAGCAGAGAAAUCUCAGAAAACAAAACGUAUUCUAUCUGAAAUAAUGCAAGGAGAGGAAAAUAAACUGGCAUUUAAUAAGACCAAGGCCCUCCAGGCUCCAGCGUAUAAGGGUGAUAAUGUGCCUGUUAGAUUAAAUGCCACAGCCAUUUUAAGAGAAGGAGCCCUCUACCAGCGCCAAGUGGAAGAAGAGCUACGUAGAGUCGAAAAACUAGUGGACGGAGCACGAGACCCGAGUGAGUUUUUAGAAUGGCAGAGGCAACAACGGGAGAGAGACCUCGAACAACAGCUGGCAGAGAUAGAGUGCAGGCGUCUCGAGGGCAAACUUAGCCGCGAGGAAGCCGUCUUGGCUCGCCAGAAUCUUAUCCAGGAAAACAAGAAGAAGGCUCUAAUGAAAAAAGAAGAGACUGCACAACUGAUGCGUCAGUACGCAGAGAAGCGUCUCCAAGAAGAGAAGGGCAUGAGAGACCUCGUGGAACAGGUGGCUGAAGGACACAAAAAUACCAAGCAGGCCCGAGUCAAGCUUCAGAAAUACAAACAACAAAUAGUGCAAGAAGUGAUAGAGGAGAGCCGGGAGCUUCUAAGUCAAGCUUUGGAGGAAGCAGAAGAGGAACUAAAGAAGAAAUUUGAGUUGAUUCGUGAGAUACGAGCUAUUGAAUCUAUACCAAUCAUUACUCAUAAGUUUGUGGACUUAACAGAAACUGCUGGACAUAGAUUGAACUGUGAGAUGUCUCUGGUGGAGCUGUACGAGCGCUUAGCAAUAGCGAAGGAUGCACAGAGCAAGGCAGAGGAAGAUAAACGGGACCAGAUCCUCAAUGAAAAGCAGGCAAAGCAACAGCAUCUCCUGGACACUCUGGAGCAGAUCUCAUUUCACAGAGCCGCCAUGGGAAAAGCUUCUAUAUUGAAAAAUGAAGAAAAGAAAACAAAAUCUCAGCUCAGUAAAGCUAUCAUUGCAAACGAUGAUCGUGUCUUAGAACUGCAGAGGAAACUAGAAGAGAAAGUGACAGAACGCAAAAAGCAAACAGAGUCAUUAAAGUUAACGCCCUCUCGGAAUAUUAGCAGAUCCUCCAAGAACAAUUUCGAAGACAGCCAUUGGAAAGAACUUGAGGAAAGCCGCGAGCGCCAGGCUCAGCUUCUCCAACAUGGCGUUCUGUCAAAAGGAGUAAUGAAUAUGAUAGCCGCCUAUCAAGCAGCGAAAACCGGAGCGUGCUGAGAUCAUGGGCAACUAUUUAUUAGCAUGGUCAAAAUAUUGUUACAGUCAUUUUGUAGGGAAGACAAUGUCACCUAUCAGACCAAGUAUGGAUCGAACCAAUUCAAAGCAGACACUCUAUCUACAAAUAACAAAAUAUACUUUGAUGUUUGUGAAACUAGCGCUUAAUGUGUUAUUGUUGUGC